AUGGGCGAUCUCAGCGCGCCAGCCUUCUCCCGCAUACAAACUUCACAGCUGGUUGGCGCCAUUCAGCCUUGCCCAAGGCUACGGUUUGAUGGCUGUGAAAGAGAGGUGGUCCCUGUGGACGAUGGCGAGGAAUCAUCAUCCGUGGCACCGGGAGACUCCAAGACCAAGAUAUGGGCCCAUCAAGCUGGUGUGAAUGCUCUUACGAUAGAUGUGGACAACAAACUUCUUCUUUCGGGUGGAGCCGAUUCAACCGCCUCGGCCCAUAAAUACGGCAUCACACAUCUCUCCUUCUAUCCUUUUGACUCGGCAGCUUUUCUAUCUUCUUCCUAUGACCACCACCUCAAGCUUUAUGCUACUGAAACACAAGCGGUUUCCGCAGAUUUUGAUCUGAGUUCUAUUAUCUAUACUCAUGCGCUCUCGCCGAUCGCCAGCCAUCUUCUGGUGGCAUGUGCCACGCAGCAUCCUAAUGUAAGACUGGUGGAUCUUCGCUCAGGCUCUAAUACACAUUCCAUGGCUGGUCAUCAUGGUGCGCUACUCUCGCUGGCAUGGAGUCCAAGACUAGAGCAUAUCCUCGCAAGCGGAGGAGUUGACGGUACAGUUCGUCUUUGGGAUGUCCGCAAGAGUUCCGCAUCAUUAGGAGUAUUAGAUAUGGAAGACUCAACUGGUAUAGCUGGGACAGAUGGUAUGGGCAGAGGUGCGCGGUCGCGGAAUGCGGGGAAGGCCCACCAAGGCGCUGUGAAUGGACUCACCUGGACAGAUGAUGGAUCUUACAUCGUAUCUGCCGGGCAUGACCAGCGAGUGCGAGUCUGGGACGCAGCUACUGGAGCCAAUACACUUGCAAGCUUCGGACCAACGCUAAAGAACAGCCACCUUUCAUGUCUCCCUCUCGCCGUCUCUCCUACGUCUUCAGUUGAGGCAGGCAAAGAAGUGCUUUUCUACCCCAAUGAAAGAGAAUUGCUGAUGUUUGAAUUACAUCAAGGCACGCUUCUGAAGCGCCUGAGAGUCCCGGGGCCCAACAUUGCGGCAGUUAGGUCAAGGACCGGUGAGAGGAAUGUCAAGAAUCGGAUUACAGGACUAGCGUGGAGAGGUCAGGCUGAUGGUAUCUACUCCGCCCACACAGAUGGCCAAAUCAGGCCUUGGCUUCCGAAAACUAGAGAGGAUUUUGAGUUGGAGAAGGAAGAGGAGGAGGAUGAGACUGGAAAACGUCAGGCUGAUGCUGGGGACGACGAGGGUGAAAGGAAGCGCCGUGUCUUAGAUGAUGUGUUCAGGGAUUUGACAAGGCAGAAGAUCACAUUCGGAUAG